CCCUUCUGGAACUUGCUUCACCCAGCUGACACUGCUUCAAAGCCUAAGGCAACUCUCAGACUCACAGAAUGCCUCUCUCUCUUCACAUGGCAACUGUGUCUGUGGCAGAGUAGAAGACUUCCAGAGGAUGAGGUCCCUGGUCAGCACCUCACAUCUCCAUCUAGCUGCCUUUGCUCUGGGUACAGUAGGCUGGAUCCUGUGCACUGCUUCCAUGGGAACUGUGGAAUGGAGAGUCUGGCAUGUGGACAACACCACCAUCAUCUCCUCUGGCAUUGCCUGGGUGGGGAUUUGGAAAGUCUGCUUCAUCAGUUACCUUCACAUCUCUCCUGGCUAUAAAGAACAGUUCUGCCAUCAAUUCAGUGGCAAUGAUCCUUCCAUCCCCUACGAAAUUUAUGCUGCUCAGGGCCUCCUGCUGAUUGCCAUGUUCAUGGGCUUGCUGGGACUCACAGCCACAGUCUUUGCUCUGAGAAAUGCUGAUCUGAGAAUCACUCACAAAAUUGUCAUUACCCGUUUCUUCCUCUUGGGUGGUUUCUUCUACAUCUUCGCUGGUCUCUGUGUCCUGAUCCCUGUGAGCUGGAAUUUCUAUUCUGUAAUGCACAACCAGAGCAUUGCUUUUCCUCCUGAUUACUACCUGCCCUCCAAGCCAGCAUCACAAGAGGCUGGUGCUGCCAUUCCCAUCGGGAUUGUAGCUGUCAUCCUCCUGCUGCUAAGUGGGACUUUUUCUCUCUCAAACAGAUUUCCAGUGACCAGAGACGCUAUCACAAAAUCCUGACAGGAUU